AUGGAGGCAGAGCAGCGGCCGACGACAGGGGCCGACGAACGGGCGACCCCUGGGCUGGAGGCGGCUCCUCCUGCUGCCCCGGCGCCUGCGACCGCGGCCUCGGGACCGCUCCCGGCGCCCGCGUCUGGGCCCGAGCCCAAGCGGAGGCAGCUCGGGACGCUGCUCCAGCCCACGGUCAACAAGUUCUCCCUUCGCGUGUUUGGCAGCCACAAAGCAGUGGAAAUCGAGCAGGAGAGGGUCAAGUCAGCGGGGGCCUGGAUCAUCCACCCCUACAGCGACUUCCGGUUUUACUGGGACCUGAUCAUGCUCCUGCUGAUGGUGGGGAACCUCAUUGUGCUGCCCGUGGGCAUCACCUUCUUCAAGGAGGAGAACUCCCCACCUUGGAUCGUCUUCAACGUCCUCUCAGACACUUUCUUCCUGCUGGAUCUGGUGCUCAACUUCCGCACCGGCAUCGUGGUUGAGGAGGGUGCUGAAAUCCUGCUGGCACCGCGGGCCAUUCGGUCGCGCUACCUGCGCACCUGGUUCCUGGUCGACCUCAUCUCCUCCAUCCCGGUGGAUUACAUCUUCCUGGUGGUGGAGCUGGAACCACGACUGGAUGCCGAGGUCUACAAAACAGCGCGGGCGCUGCGCAUUGUGCGCUUCACCAAGAUCCUCAGCCUGCUACGGCUGCUGCGCCUCUCCCGCCUCAUCCGCUACAUACACCAGUGGGAGGAGAUCUUUCACAUGACCUAUGACCUGGCCAGUGCCGUGGUGCGCAUCUUCAACCUCAUCGGGAUGAUGCUGCUGCUGUGCCAUUGGGACGGGUGUCUGCAGUUCCUGGUGCCCAUGCUGCAGGACUUCCCUCCUGACUGCUGGGUCUCCAUCAACCGCAUGGUGAACCACUCGUGGGGGCGCCAGUAUUCCCACGCCCUGUUCAAGGCCAUGAGCCACAUGCUGUGCAUUGGCUACGGGCAGCAAGCCCCUGUAGGCAUGCCCGACGUCUGGCUCACCAUGCUCAGCAUGAUUGUGGGUGCCACGUGCUACGCCAUGUUCAUCGGCCACGCCACGGCGCUCAUCCAGUCCCUGGACUCUUCCCGACGUCAGUACCAGGAGAAGUACAAGCAAGUGGAGCAGUACAUGUCCUUCCACAAGCUGCCGGCUGACACCCGGCAGCGCAUCCACGAGUACUAUGAGCACCGCUACCAGGGAAAGAUGUUCGAUGAGGAGAGCAUCCUGGGCGAGCUGAGCGAGCCGCUUCGGGAGGAGAUCAUUAACUUCACCUGCCGGGGCCUGGUGGCCCACAUGCCGUUGUUUGCCCACGCCGACCCCAGCUUCGUCACAGCCGUGCUCACCAAGCUGCGCUUUGAGGUCUUCCAGCCGGGGGACCUCGUGGUGCGUGAGGGCUCCGUGGGCAGGAAGAUGUACUUCAUCCAGCACGGGCUGCUCAGUGUGCUGGCACGUGGCGCCCGGGACACCCGCCUCACUGAUGGAUCCUACUUUGGGGAGAUCUGCCUGCUGACGCGGGGCCGGCGCACGGCCAGCGUGCGGGCGGACACCUACUGCCGCCUGUACUCCCUGAGUGUGGACCAUUUCAACGCCGUGCUGGAGGAGUUCCCCAUGAUGCGCCGGGCCUUCGAGACUGUGGCCAUGGAUCGGCUGCGCCGCAUCGGCAAGAAGAGCUCUGUCCUGCAGCGGAAACGCUCCGAGCCAAGUCCCGGCAGCAGCGGGGGCACCGUGGAGCAGCACUUGGUACAGCACGACAGGGACACGGCCCGGGGAGUCUGGGGCCUGGCCCCGGGCACAGGAGCUCGGCUCAGCGGGAAGCCAGUGCUGUGGGGGCCGCUGGUGCACGCACCCCUGCAGACCGCCGCCGCGACCUCCAGUGUGGCCAUUGCCCUGACUCACCAGCGGGGCCCUCUGCCCCUCUCCCCUGACUCUGCAGCUACUUUCCUUGCUCGCUCUGCUCGACGCUCAGUGGGCUCCCCAGCCUCCCCGCUAGUGCCUGUCCGAGCUGGCCCUCUGCUGGCCCGGGGUCCGUGGGCAUCUACCUCCCGCCUGCCUGUCCCACCUGCCCGAACCCUCCACGCCAGCCUGUCCCGGGCUGGGCGCUCCCAGGUGUCCUUGCUGGGUCCCCCCCCGGGAGGAGGUGGACGGCGACUAGGACUUCGGGGCCGCCCACUCUCAGCCUCCCAACCCUCUCUGCCUCAACGGGCAGCUGGGGAUGGCUCUCCUGGGCGUAAGGGCUCAGGAGGUGAACGCCUGUCCUCUUCAGGGCUCCUGGCCAAGCUUCCAGGGACAGCCCAACCCCCCAGGCCAUCGGUGCCUGAGUCAGCUGCCCCUCGGGGCCCCCAGCUCUCUGCCAACAUGUGA